AGGUCGAGGUGAAGUCUGUCGGCAUCUCGCUGAUCGGGGAGAAGCCGCAUGCCGAGGUGUUCGCCGCCGACUUCCGGGGGCUGGAGCUCAAGAGCGACCUGACGUCGACGGGCAGGCGGGCCAUGAAGUUCCCCGGGCUCCGCUUGGCGUCGACCAGGGGUCUGCGGCGGUCCAGCGCUGGCUCCGGCCAGGAGGUGCGGGGGGAAGAGGCUCUCGACGUGCUGGGCGCGGCGAGGUUCUUGGUGCAUCGGCUGUACGUGGACCUCAUGAGGCCCUGCCCGGUGGUCGUGCUCUCCUCGCUCGACCAGGGGAGGACGCCGUUCCUGCAGCUGGACAUGAUCCUCGAGGACGUCUUCUCGCGGGACAUGGAGCUCACCAAGGUGAAUCUGUGUCUGACCCCCCUCGAGGUCACCGCGGACGACACGCUGAUAAAGGAGGCGAGGAAGUACUUGGAGGCGGCGGUGCCGCGCGCGCUGCGCUCGGCUGCGGGCGGGGGGGCCCUGGAGCGCGCGCGCUGUUUUCUUACCCCCUACAACCUGAGCUGGCGGCGGGCCCCCCUGGCGCCCCUCGGGCAGUUCGUGUCUCCACGGACGUGCAAGGUCAGCCAGAUCAAGCUGGCGGUCUUCGCCAAGCUGCGGCUGGACAUAUUGCCGGACUGGGUGUACACGUUGGCCUUCGCGCUCAGCGGCUUCAAGGACCAUUUAGAGGUGGACGGAGCGUCCCUCAAGCUGCCCGAGCAGCAGCUCUUCGGGGGGCUGGCUCCGGGCGGCUGCGGCGCACUGGCCGCCUCGCCGGGGCCCUUCGAGGGCAACCUCAGCGCCGUCUUCGAGCACGUGCAGCGGCGGUACACCCGGCUGUACCUCAAGGCGCUGCUGUCCCUGCUGAACAACUCCAACCUCAUCCUCGGAGGUCUCCUGAGCAGGCACCGGUGGAAGCCCAAGAACAGGCAGAGGGAGAACACGUUCCGGCUGCCUCUCCCGCUCUGGGACGAGGCGAUCCGCCUGUCAGACCAGGAUCUGGACGCCUUCCUCCGCGAGGAUAACAGCCUGUCGUUCCCGAUGCUCAGGA